AUGCCGCGGAUCCAUCAGGGCGUGGCGUUUCAGGGGCUUGUACAAGGCCUCGCACGGCCCAGACUCAUCGCCCGUGGCAUGAAGUACACUUUGUUUCCACCUUUGGACUUUCUGGCUUACUUGAAGAGGAUCCAUGUGGCCUACCAUCCGGGCCGCGCUCGGACCGAGGUGGCCAGGCAGCUGAUUAUGCACAUGACUGCAGAGAAGACCAAGAAGCGCUUUCCAAACCUGGAGGCCAGCUUCGAGCUCUUGGGUUAUGAUGCACCGGCAACCAUCGAUGUCGAGAUGGUGGACGGAAGGAAGAAGCGGCUCUUGGCUGAGCAUUACAGCACCAAGGAGAUGCAGGACAUCGUGGACACCUGGCAGUUUGAAUGUCACUUGGAACACAUGAAGGAGCUUUCGGUCGUAGCAGGCGGAGGUGAUCGGAGCUUUCGUCGCUUUGGAAGCCUUCGAAACUUUCAGUGCAGAGAAAGUGAGAAAGUCCAGCCGAUCCUGCUGGCUCGGCCUCUUUUUGAAGGUGAUGUUUUGGUCUUUUGA